CUGGCGGCCUGGGUCAGGCUGGGAGCGCAGCGCUGGGCAGUCGUAGCCGUGGACGGCGUGGUGCUCGGAGGCUGCGAGAUAUUUUUUUUUUAUAUAGAUUUUCUGCUAUCAAGUUUAAAUGUAAAGAUGCUCAAAUUGGAGAGCCGCCUAGUCCAGGUUCAACAAGCAUGUGGCCCAACAAAAUUUCCUGAAAAUGAAGAAAAACUUACUGAAGUGCAAGCUUUUCAGAAGUUUCUUUUACAGCUAAGAUUGCUUGGUGGAUUGGCAAAAGAAGCAAUUUUUUGUAAUCUGCGAGUCCCAGACCAGUUUCAGAAAUCGAAAGAGGAGAUCAACGUUGUCAUCCUCACAGGAAAAGGAGUGUUCUGUUUGGAUCUGAAGAAUUGGAAGGGCAGAGUUUCUUCCCAGAACAACUGCUGGCUGUUGCAGGUACCAGAGAAUACAGAAUUGUUGAAAAACACUUCAAUCAAACAAUUUGCAGACCCAGUUCAGAGAAUUAAGAAGAAAACACUAAAUUUAUGGAAUCAUUUGAUGAAAAAUGGUGCGUGUCUUCGCCAGAACGCCUUCUUCCCACGAGUUGUCUUUCUGAAUCCUGUAUGUGAACUGGACUCAGAAGUGCCUCAGAUAAAUGAGGUCAUAGCUCCAAGCAAUGUUGAAUCCUUUAUUUGUUCGUUCAAGCAAGGCUAUGUGUCAUGGAUGACCAAUAUUUUUACACCACAUUGGUUAUCUGGCCACUUAUCAUUCCGCCACAUCAGUGAUUUGACAAAAGCACUUGAAAAAAUUGGCACAUGGGACAUUUUGGACCUGCAUGGUGGACAACGGUUGAUAGGUGACUAUCAAGGGUGCGUACAUAUAGCUGUGAAUCGAGAUGAGACAGAUGAACUAGAAUUUUCACAUCAGAGGAAUUUGACUACUGGGUAUCUCUGGGCCCUGAUAGGUUAUUCACCACAGGUGACUGUCAAGAUGUACAAGCGAGGGGGUCACGGCUGGUUAUGGAGAGCUGUCUCUAGCACAGUGGUUAUUCCAUACAACUCCCACGUCGCUUUCAGGGUCUGUGGAGAGGACGCAGAUGCCAAGAUCCCAGCCAACAACAUCGACAGAAUCAUCCUGAGCAUAUGAAAUUGAUUUCAGUAUUAAAUCGGCCGUGGCAGCUGUGCCACAUUAUUACAAUAAUCUGUGGCCACUCUUCAUUGAUUAGUUAAUUUGUGUUCUUCAAAUAAUCGAAAAGCAAAUCUCAUUAGCCAUAGGUCAGUGGACAUGAAAAAAGGGAAAAUUCAUUUUGAUUGUCUAGUUGGCUGAAAAAAUGCAAAGCAUUAAGCUGUGUAAGUUAGAGUGUACUGUGUGCACUCCAUUUUAAGAGUGUUUAGCCACCCUGAUAAUUAAUAACUAGAGGACAACUUUUCUUUUAUAGUACUAGUGAGGUCAUGCAGAUCAGAUGAGAGUUGAUACUCUUGAGUUAUAAACAGAAUUGCAUGUCAGGUGUUUAAUGUAAAAAAACUUUUAUUAACACAACUGUUGGUUAUGACAUUGAAAGAGACAAUUUCUGUUCUGUUUAUAUGCCUAUGUUUUCACUAUUGAUCUUUAUAAACGGGAGGAAUGUGCUAUGUGCUGAAGGUUAUAUUUUCUAACAAGUGUAAAGGAAUUGUAUCUUUUUCAAAAGUAAAUUGCCAUUUUAUACUCUCAGUAUGCUUAAAGUCACAUUGUUUAAUUUUAUUAAUUUAAUUGAAAGUUAAUCUUUAUAAUUUUUUUAAAUGAACUAAGAUUGAUUUUCUUCAGUCGCUUAAUGUUGAGUCAGUCAUAAAAGAGAGAGAACAGAAGCCCAAGAUGUCGGGAGGUAUGUUGAUUGGAUUUGAAUGCUGUUGGAGUGUGCUUCUUGUAAUUAAAUCAGCCUCAACCUCCCUCCACCUCAUUUACCUAUUUCCACAGUCGGAGCGAUGCAGCCACACCCACCACCGUCUCCUUCCCCGCCCCUCCUCUAACUCUACCCCAAACAGCAAGCAGUGGGAGGUAAUGCCAUAAUCCUUCGGUCAUUGAACAACUUGGAGAAUCUAGGAACAACCUGAAAAGGAAUGUACGCAUUGACAUAGCUUUUAUUGUAACUUCAGACAUUCUCAAAGGGCUCGACAGCUAAUGAAAUACAUUCAAAUUGUAGUCACUGCUCUCAUUAUAGAGAAUGCAGCAAAAUAAACUGUCAAACACCACUGAUUUGAAUGACCAGAUAAAUCUGAUCACGUUCGGCUGUUUAUUUCAAUGCUAUGCUGCGUAAAAUUGAUUUUUUUUCCCGGGGUGAAAUGUGCAAACGAUUACAGGGUCAUUUCACCUCACUCCAGAAAUUUGAGUUGGCAAUUUUUAACUUGAGUCACAUUUUAUAUGUGGUGUAAUUUCUGUGUCAGGUCCACAUCAAAUGACAUAAUUCCCAAUGUAAUGUGCCUUUUGACAUUUCAUUGGGGAAAUUACACAGUUUUGUUCCAAGCAACUCAUCCUGAACAAAUACACUGUACUGAACUAGAAAUCUAUCCUUCAGUCUCCCAUCCACUCCUGUUCCAAACUCACACUCACCCACUAAUCCUGCAUAUUGUUGGGUGUAUUUCUGAAACACAAACACCCUGAUACCUUCCCCAAACCGGUUGUCAAGCCUACACACUACUCACCAACCACCACCUCCUCGUCCCUGUAACUUCCCAAUUUAUGCUUCAAUCUCCCAGAACAUCUCACCACUCCCACCCCUAAUGUCUAACCAUCUGGACUACAUGCUCCACAUUAGCACUAAUCAGACCUCCAAAGUCAGCCUCUAUAUCUCACCCUCCAUCCAUCCAUGUGGCUCCAACACUCUUGGUCUCAAUAUCAAUGCCAGCAAUUCAGUAAAAAAAGGCAUGAAGGGCCAAAAGGUAGUGAAUUAGUGGUAUGGACCCAUCAGAAAGGAGUACCGGGUGAAGAAUAUAACACAGUUGUUUGCUUCUGUCCAUUUUGUGUUUUAUCAAAGUAAAAUGUUACCCUCUAUAAGUUUUAAUAUAGCUAAGAGGAAGCAUUACAAUAAAAUGGAUGAGCUGAUAGAUCAAUAAUUUGGUUAAUAUAAAGGUGUUUACCAUAUGGAGUUCAAUAUAUGAUGAUGCUAAAAAAAUUAUCAUCUCUGUCAUGAGAGUCAAGUUGUUCAGAAGGAUUUAGAUACAUUUGAAAGAGAGUUAAAGUAAAGAAUAACUAAUAACAAACAAGAAUAACUAAUAACAAGCAAGGCUGAAAAGAUGUGUUGCCAUGUGGAAAUUUGGCUUCACUCCAUUGAAAUAGGGUUGUGAAAUACAGCAUGCAGGUACUAUCGUAUCUCACAUUUAACUCCACUGAUUCUGGCCGUAAAAGGCCACUAAGUCUGACUUCCCAUUUCUAUCUGAAUACCCCCACUUCCAAACACCACCAGCAACUGGUGCCUCAGCUCAUCAGUGAGUGAAACCAUCAUUAAUACUUUUGUCACCUACAGUUUUUACUAUACCAAGUGUCAACUGUUCACAGGACAUCUUAAGGACUUAGAUGGUGGACUAGAGAGCAAUAUUUUCUCAAAUUUAUCUGAAAAGAUAGUGCCUUAUAAGAAUGAAAUUAACAAACAAAGAUAGUAAAGUGUGAGAUUAUCCAUUUCUGAGCAAAAAACGAGCACAACAUCACUCCAGCCUGGUAAUUUUUUCAAAUAGUGGAAAUUCAAAGGGAAAACCUACCAGUGCCUAUAUAUCGUCUGUUAAAAUGUCAUGGAGAAGUACAAAACAAUCCAAAGAGCUACUAGAAUGUUUGUAUUUGUACUUGGAGGUCAAGAACACAAGGGGUCAUGACAAAACGUUAUGCUAGAGCAGUGCAAAUUCUAGUUAGACUAGACCAGAAGUACUCCAUUCAGUUCUUGCCAGUGCCCUAUAGUGGUGUAUCAAUAAAUUAUCUCCUCAACCUAAGUUAGAGAGAAGCUGCUAAAAUGCAACUAGAUCUGUAACUCUGCUUUGAAAAUGCAAUGCUAAAUAAGAUGAGAACCCAUGGUAUUAGAGGGAAGAUACUAGCAUGGAUAGACGAUUGGUUGACUGGCAGAAGACAAAGACUGGGAAUAAAAUGGGCUUUCUCUGGUUGGCCAGCAGUGAUUAAUAGUGUUCCGCAUGGGUCGGCGUUGGGGCCACUACUUUUCACAUUAUGUAAAUGAUUUAGAUGGUGGAAUUGGCGGCUUUGUGGCCAGUUUUGAAGACAAUUACCUUGCGGGGCAGGUAAUGUAGCGGAAGCAGGGAGUCUGCAGGACUUGACAUGUUGAGAGAGUGGGCAAAAUGGCAGAUAGAAUACAGUGUAGCAAAGUAUGUGGUCAUGCACUUUUGUAGCAGGAAUAAAGGUGUAGGCUAUUUUCUAAAUC